GCCCAAUUCCAGUGAAGGAACUUAACGAGCUUGCUGAAGUGUAUUCCACGAAGGCUCUUACAAGUCAUGCUGAAUAAGCUUUAAUUUCAAAAUGCAGCAUAAUCCCAAAACUUCUCUCCAACGACCAAGGUCUAUUGGCGAUGUUUCGUAUACUCAAGAUCAUCAUAACUAUAGACCAAGAUCAAAUACUGCAGGGAACGUUCCCAAUUCGAGGUCCAAGUCGCCUUCCAAGACUAACAAACUACUCAAGUAUAUGGAAAUCAAUGAGGGCCCCAGUUAUGCGAAUGAUUUUGAAUUGGAAGACAACGAUGAAUUAAAUUUAUCCUACUCUAAAUUUUCAAAUAUAUCCGGGAUUUCAUUUAUUAAACCCCCCAAGAUGAAUAUGGAUAUAAAUUCGGCCUCUGGAUCUGAGUAUGGUACUAAUUCAGGCUCGAAUUCCGGCUCGAGAACGACUUCUAGUUCGGGUUCAAGUGCUGGAUCUUCAGUUAAUAUAAAGCCUAAACCCAAGAAUUCAUCAUUGAGUAGCUCACCCUUCAUCAAGAAAAUGAAGUCGAGAAUUUCAGAUUUAGAACCAAGUUCUGGUCCUUUGCGUCCAUCUUCCAGUAAUAUUGGUAAUACUCCGAAAAAUAACGAAAGAAAACCUUUAGUAAACGUAUCGCUAACUCCUGCUCAGAGGGUAGAGAAAAUAUCUGGAUUAAGGAUGAAUAGCAUCCUAGAUAAUUUUGAAUUUUUAAAUUUAGUUGGGAAAGGUGCUUUUGCUAAUGUCUAUAAAGGCAUAAAUCUAAAAACUAAUCAAGUAGUUGCAAUCAAGCAAAUCGAAUUGGAAAGAGAUCAAGAUUUUAAAGAAUUAAUGGGUGAGAUUGAUUUAUUGAAAAUUUUAAAGCAUCCAAAUAUUGUUAAAUAUCAUGGUUUUGUUAAAACCCCAACUUCUUUGAACGUUUUAUUAGAAUAUUGUUCUGGUGGCUCCUUAAGACAAUUGUACAAAAAAACAAAUACUGGUAUUCCUGAAUCCGAAAUUAUUAAAUAUGUUGAACUGAUCUUGCAUGGUCUUAAUUACUUACAUGAACAAGGGGUUGUUCAUAGAGAUGUAAAAGCUGCAAAUGUUUUGAUAACAAAAGAUGGUGAUAUAAAAUUGGCGGAUUUUGGAGUUGCUACAAAGGUCUCUUCUCAGCAUCAUACGGUUGUUGGGACACCCAACUGGAUGGCUCCUGAAACUGUCUUGGGUGGUGAUGGAUUAUGUACUGCUUCAGAUAUUUGGUCUCUUGGUGCUACCAUUAUUGAAUUAUUCACUACUAAACCUCCUUAUCACGAUUUAAAUCCAAUGGCCACCUUACAUGCAAUUGGUACUGAUGAUCAUCCACCUCUUCCUAAACACUUAUCUUACUUGGCUAAAGACUUCUUAUUGGAAUGUUUUCAAAAACAACCAAAUCUUAGAACAAAUGCCAAAUUAUUAUUGAAACAUAAAUGGUUGAAUCAAAAUCAAAAUUCCUCCAAAAUUUCCCCUAUAUCCAAGAAUAGAUUAUCGGCUGAAAUCACCGAAUUGAAAAAAGAUUUAAAACCAAUCAAAAGCUAUUCUGAAACUAAUGAUGAAAAUUGGGAUGUUGAUUUUGCUGAUCUAAAAGUCUCUCAACUUAAACCACCAGCUUAUUCCUUCCCGUCAGUCCAUUCCCGAAAUGUUUCUGAAACUCCUCAGACAAGAGAACCUGGCUUGUUGGAACCUCAAAAAGCUUCCAAGAAGGAUAUAUUGAAUAAAUUUUCAGAUAACAAUGAAGAUCUUGAUUUCGAAAACGAUAACAGUAAAUUAGUUAUUAAUGGAGAUCUUUUACCUAAUGCUGAAGAUCAUUCUCAAGAUAAUAUAGAAGAAGAUGAUCCUUUCUUAGAACUUGAUAUUGAAAACUUUGAUACUAAUGAAAUCGAAAUUCAAAAUAAAAUGGAAUUUUUAAUAAAUAAGUUCUCUUCAAAGCUUGACAAUUCUCACUCUGGUGAUGACCAGGCGGCUACUUCAUUGAUUAAAAUCACUGGAAGAAUGCUUCAUUUAGUUAAAAAGUAUCCAAUUCUGCACGAUGUUGUUAUAAGAGAUCAUGGAAUUUUAACCCUACUUGAAUUAUUAGAAAAUGCAUCAGAAUUGGUCAAACACCAGAAAUUAUGGUAUCAUUCAAUAUUUAUCUUGAAUUAUAUAUUCGAAAAUAAUGUGGCUCAAUUCGAUAAUUUUUGUCUUUUAGGUGGUAUUCCUAUAAUAACCCAAUUCAGAAACAACUCGUAUGAUAUCCAUGUUCGCUUACAAGUGGUAAAAUUUAUAAGAUUAUUUAAAAACUCUGAGAGAGCAUUAUCAAUGUUUGUGUCUUCGGGUGGUCUUAGAGUAUUAUCUAAAUUUGCAGAAGAAGACUUCGAUUACACGCCCGACUUCCCAUUGGUAGCAAUUGAUUGUAUACAUGAUGUUUUAUCCAGAGACCUUACAAGAUUUAAAUCGGACAUCUGCCGUAUGUUAUCCAAAUAUGGUGUUAUAUUUUGGUUUGUUGUUCUCCUCAAUAGGCUAACCAAAUUCCAUGAAACAGACGAAACUAAAUUGAAUCAAGCUCAAGUUGAUAGUUAUAUCGAUAAAAUAAUUGAAAUCAUUAAAUCAUUUAGUAAUGCAGAAGCAAGAGUGAGAGUUAAUAUUUCAAGUACUGAUCUUUACAAACUUUUAAUUAAAGUAUAUUCCAAAUUGAAUUUCCAAGCACAAUUAUCAAUUUUAAAAUUUUUCCGUUCAAUGUCAUGUAUCCCAAGCUUGUUGAAAACAUUGUACAGUGCUGAUAUUUUAGAAUUUCUCGUCAUUAAUUUAAAAGAAUUUGAACCACCAAAUAAGCACUAUAAAGAAGUGGUCAAUACAAUCUGUCCUUGUCUAUUCAAUUGCUGUUACUUGAAUCAUGCGAGAGAAAUUGAAUUGGUAAAACUUGGGGCCGUCCCAAUACUCAAGAGAUUAUCAAAAGUUGAUCUUGAAUUCAAGCAAUUUGUCUUACCUAUAUUAUGUGAGUUGGUCUACUGUGACGGACUGGUUAGAGAAGUCUUAGAAAAACACGAUAUACUUUCUGUAUAUUUCAAUCUAGUCACGGACCCUUAUUGGCAAGCAAAUGCUUUAGAUUCAAUUUUACACUGGAAUCAACAAAAACCUCAAUCAAUUAAACUUGACUCUCCGAUAGCUUUGGACUGUCUUAUUUCAGGAUUUUUAUUAACAAAAGUUUCCAACCUUGAAGCCACUUUGGAAAUUUAUUUAAAACUCCUCACCACUAACAAACUCCUUCGUAAGAAUAUGAAUAAAGAAAUUAUCGUUAACAAUAUCCUUACUAAGUUGAGAUCCUACCACAACAAACCAGUUGUUCAAUUAUCUUUGCUUAGAAUCUUGAGUAUAUUCGUAUCAACAGGCAGAAAGUUAGAGCACUUCACCAAUUCUUCCAUGCCAGAAACUAUUAAGCAUACGCUAUCUACAUUAAUCUCUGGAGAAAGCUCAGUCUUGGUUGGAGAAUUUGUGUCUGAGAUUAUAUCUAAACUUUGAAAUAUUCCCCUUGCAUCAAUCCGAUUGAAACUAUUUUUAUAGAGUAUAUACAAUCCCUUCACGAC